AUGAAUGAGAACGCUAUUUCGUUCAAGCUGGACGUACCAACAUACAUUGAGGAUAAUUCUGACGUCUCAGAAGAUGACCUUAAUGAAUCAUACGGAAAGAGUACAUCACAGCCCACUGUGCCCCUCUCCCCCGCCCGUUUCUCACCCGGUUCUCACCCAUCCGUUCCUCAGUUCCUAGUGAGCGCGACUUCCGUCUCGGAUUGGCCCCGCCUCUCGUGGAGGGGCUUGCUCCUGGACACUUCUCGUCUUUUCCUGCCCAAGACGACCAUAUUCGAGACGCUGGACCUGAUGGCGAUGCACAAGCUCAACGUCUUUCACAGGCACAUCGUCGACGACCACUCUUUCUCCUACGAAUCCGCCCGAUUUCCCUUCCUGAGGUCCUUGCUAAAUCCAUCAGCGCGCUAUACGCAGUCUUGGGGAAAGGCCAUGCCGGGAUUGCUCACUGCCUGCCAGGGAGCGAGCUUAUGGAAGAUGUUCUUGGACCUGCCGGAGUACGGACCCAUCGACCCCAGCCGCGAGGAGAACAACGCCUUCCUCCGGAAGUUUUUUUGGGAGGUCCAAGAAACCUUCCAUGACCGGUUUCUGCAUCGCGGGGGUGACGAAGUGGAUUUCCUCUGCUGCACUGCUUUCGUCUUGCUGGUACCUGGACUACAUCUCCUACGGGACACGGACUGGGAGAACUACUAUAAGUGCGACCCGGAGAACUUCCCAGGCAACACUGCCCAGAAGAUGCUCGUCCUCGGCGGAGAAGUCUGCCUGUGGGGUGAAUUCCCGGACAAGACUAACCUCCUUUCUCGACUGUGGCCGCGAGGAUCGGCUGCAGCGGAACGGCUGUGGUCCCCGAGGGAGGCGCAAGACGCGGACUUCUUCGCUUCCAGGAUGAACGAGCACCGGUGCCGUCUCCGUCGUCGAGGCUUCCCGGCUCAGCCCAUCAACGGCCCUUAUUCUUGCGAUCAUCUCAGUAUACCUUAA